AUGGUCCUCUCAGCGCUCUGUGCUUGGCUAGCUUUAGCAGCCUCUGCCCUGGCAUUUGCCUUCCCUCCUCCUACCAAUGAUCUUCCUUUUGAUCUUUCUCUGUUACAACAUGCCGCUGCAGCGUGUCAGGACACCUACUGUACUAGCACUUGGAACUACCCGGGGCUCGAGAUCGACGACAUGACGCUUCUUGAAUCCAUAUCCCUCCCUGAGGAUGAGCAACGCGCUACUAUCUUCCACUCAAAAUCACAAGGUAUCAUCGUCGCGUACCAGGGAACCAACCUAUCCUCGGUUGACUCUGUUACACACGACGUAACCUUCUGGCAGGUAUCCCCAAAGGCUGAACUUGGUCUCUCUGGCGAUGCUAAAGUCUUUUACGGCUUCCAAGACCAGUGGUAUAAGUCUUGGAACGCUGUGCAGUCCGCGCUGGCAAAGGCAAUUGGACAGUUCCCGGGUGAAAAAAUCGUGGUCACUGGGCACAGCAUGGGGGCAUCUAUGGCUCAGCUUGCUGCACUGGCUAUCGAAAAAUCACUUGGAAAGGUCAGUGCUGUUAUCUCCUUUGAGCCUCCUAGAACCGGAAAUCCCAGUUACGCAAAGGAGUUUGACAAGAUCUUCAGUGGGAGAUACACUGGAACUGUUAAUGGUAACGACUGGGUUCCCAGCGUCCCACCUCGCAGUUUCAACUACAAGCAUCCAUCAGGUAUGAUUUGGAUCAAUCCCCCGAACUCGACCACCUACACAUUUUAUCCCGACUCUGAGGACCCCAGGGGUCCAGACAGCCAAAUCCCUGGGUUUAUCAACAUUCCUGCACUUCUAGAUGGAGAUUGGAACGAGCUGAUUUUUUGGGGUAAUCACCAGGGCCGACUUUUUGGGGUUGACAUGUUGACGGUUUUGGGAAAUUGUCCCCCUAAUUUCCCCCAAAGUUAA